GUAGGGUUUUGGAGUGCAGGUAGAAGAAGAGGGAAGAAGAAGAUGCCGGCAGGUCACGGGCUUAGAAGUAGGACGAGGGAUCUGUUUGCUCGACCAUUCAGGAAGAAGGGUUACAUCCCUCUCACAGUUUAUCUCAGAACCUACAAGAUUGGAGAUUACGUGGAUAUCAAGGUUAACGGCGCCAUUCACAAGGGUAUGCCCCACAAGUUCUAUCAUGGCCGCACCGGCAAGGUCUGGAACGUCACCAAGCGUGCCAUAGGCGUUGAAGUCAACAAACAGGUUGGGAAUAGGAUUAUUAGGAAAAGGAUCCAUGUGCGGGUGGAACAUGUUCAACCAUCAAGGUGCAGGGAAGAAUUUAAACUGAGGAAAAUUCAGAACGAUGAGUCGAAAGCCGAGGCAAAAAAGCGUGGGGAGAAGAUUAGCACAAAAAGACAGCCAGAAGGACCCAAGCCUGGUUUCAUGGUGGAGGGUGCCACCCUAGAAACAGUUACACCAAUCCCAUAUGAUGUGGUGAAUGACCUCAAGGGUGGAUACUGAUUCAUGUCUUGCUUUGAAUUAAUUUUAUGGUUUCCCUUGUUAUUAAGAAUGUUAUGCUACUCUAGAAGGCUGUUUCCUGUUAUGCUACUAUGAUUUUAGCAUAUGGUGUGAUGAUUUCUUGUGAUACACUUAUGCUCUUUAGGCCUUUCCUUUUUCCUCUAAUUUUUGUAUGAUAUAGCAUACUGGUCACGGCUUACAUUGCAUCAAUUUGCUCAAUGAGAUGGCUUACAUCCAGGGAUCCUAAAGUUAGUAGGAGGGUUUUUUUGUUGCUUUCCUUUUGUCCAUACGCCACUGGGCGUUUAUGUAUACCUCCUGUGUACUGAGCUACAGCUUCUAAUAUAUGUUUUCCCUUUUGCCUAUCAAUGAAAAAGUAUGUCCUGGGAAGGAACCCAUUUCAAAGCA